AUGGGGCCGAGAGGCGCAGCCGCGGUGGCCGUGGGGCUGUGGGUCUUGGUGACGGCGGGCGAGGCGGCGGACCCUGGCGUGACGACACCCCGGCGCUGCCUGCUGUCACACUACCGCUCGCUGGACCCCAGGGCGGUGGCGGCGGUCAAGGCGCUGAGGGACCGCUACGUGAGUGACGCCCAGACCUCUCCACCCGUCCCCGAGGGCCCCCUGCGUCCCAGCGCCCAGCAGGAGGAGGAGACCCUGAGCUGGAGGCCGCGCAACUGCUCCUUUCGCGCAGGGAAGGAUCCUCGGCGGCCCUGGGUGAGGUUGGCGAGCCGUCGGGGGCGCCCGAUCCCCGAAUUUCCCGGGCACCUGCGCGACCCUGGAGCUGCUGGCGGCCGCGCGGCGGGACGUGGGGACCUGCCUCGAGCUGGUCCGGCCAGGCUCCUGGAGGAAGUCCCUCAGGCCACCGAGGACGCGUCCCCAAACACGCAGAGCUGCGAGCGCAGCGGGCGGGGAGGCGCCCGCCUCCGCCUCCUUCCCGGGUUCCAGGACUCGCCUGGGUGCCACGAAGCCAGCGUCAUCUUCAACCUCCUGCGCCUGCUCACGUGGGACCUGAGACUGGUGGCAGACUCGGGGCCUUGUCUGUGA